CACGCUUCGCCUCUCCACCUCGCCGCGCACCGAAACAAAACCGCCACGCCCACGCGCGCUCCGGCCACCACCACCGCUAGUGGCGCGCGCGGCUCGAGUGGUAGUAGCUAGCUUAGUCCAGCCAGGCGGCGGCGGCGGCGGCGCGGCGCGUGCCAUGACGAACCAGGACGUGGUGAUGCCGGACAUCGCGGCGGCCGCGGCCAUGCCGGGGUCAUCCGGCCGCGCGCCGCUCUUCGCGUGCCGUGGCGCCGCGGCCGUGUCGGCGUCCUCCAUGCUCGGCGGCGGCGGCGCGGCGUACCAGGCCGCGGUGGUGGCGCACGUGGCGCCGGUGCCAGCUAUCAGGCCGUGCGCCAGCUGGGUCGUCGAGGCCAUGCGCGCGUCGUCGCCGACACGGCCCGCCGCCGCCGCGGUCGACGCCGAGUACGACGCGUGGACGCAGAGGAAGCACCCGUCGGCGCUGGGCAGCUUCGAGCAGGUGGCCGCGGCGGCGAGCGGGAAGCGCGUCGUCGUGUUCCUCGACUACGACGGCACCCUCUCCCCCAUCGUCGCCGACCCCGACAUGGCCUUCAUGUCCGACGAGAUGAGGGCGGCCGUGCGCGACGUGGCGGAGCACUUCCCGGCGGCGAUCGUGACCGGGCGCUGCGUCGACAAGGUGCAGAGCUUCGUCGGCCUCCCGGAGCUCUACUACGCCGGCAGCCAUGGCAUGGACAUCAAGGGCCCCAGCUCCAACGAGGAAGAAGACACCAAGAUCCUCUUGCAGCCAGCUCGCGAGUUCCUCCCGGUGAUCAACAAGGCUUACAAGGCUUUGAUGGAGAAGACGAAGAGCACGCCUGGGGCCAGAGUGGAGAACAACAAGUUCUGCCUCUCCGUGCACUUCAGAUGCGUCGAUGAGAAGAGAUGGAAUCCGUUGGCAGAGCAAGUGAAGGCCGUGCUCCGGGACUACCCCGAGCUCAAACUCACCCAAGGAAGAAAGGUCCUGGAGAUCCGGCCGUCGAUCAUGUGGGACAAGGGCAAGGCGGUGGAGUUCUUGCUGAAAUCUCUCGGAUUCGACGACGACCGCCGCGACGUCCUGCCGGUGUACAUCGGAGACGACCGGACCGACGAAGAUGCUUUCAAGGUGUUGAGAAAGAGAGGUCAAGGGUUGGGAAUUCUUGUCUCCAAGUGUGCCAAGGAGACUGACGCCUCGUACUCUCUCCAGGACCCAGCAGAGGGUUUAGAUCAAUUUCUACUACCACCUUAUUUAAUGGUAGUAGAAUCGUGGAUGGCUAUUAUUGUCCAAGAACAAAUAUUAGUGGAGGGGUAUAAUCAUCAUUUACAAUCACUGGCCCUAGCCGUACUCAACUCAAUCUUUCCUCACGUCGGCCAAAGAGAAUCGCAUAACUCCCCCAAAUUGCAUCCGGAGACGACGCCGAGUAUCUCCUCCCUGCCGCCGCCUCCGCCACUCGAUAGAAGUACACCAACGCCGGGGCGCACGUGUUCGUGACGAUGCUCCUGACCGUGGUGUUCACGGCAGCUGUGGCGUUGGCUCUUGUCAACGCCGUCAACUCGCAUGACUUCGCAGCACACCUCGCCGGCGUGGACUGCCGCAUGGGGCUAGCUGGUCCAGUACGAUGCCCAGCCUCGGGCUUCGUGGAGCUCCUCGUGCUGGCGCUACAUGUGGUUAGAUGCGUGCUCGCCAUCUUAGAUCGCCUGCAUGCCUGCCUAAUGUCGCCCUCGCUACAGCUUUCGAUUGCAUCUCCAUGUACGUGCGCCGGUGGCAGCGCGGCGAAGUGACCAAUGUACAUGAAGUAUACGUGCUAAGUAGGAUCGAAUUUGUUCCUUAUAUGGUGAACACUAACAGAAAA